CUGGCCAGGUCUUUGAGUGGCGCAUACAGAAGCCAAUGGAAGUGGAUGGGGCGGGGCUAUGGCCGAGACCAGAGGCCGCAGGCCCCGGAUGCCGGGUACUAACCGCAGCAGGGGCGCCUCGCCAGCAGCCAGGGCUCCUCUUAAAGGAGCCGCUCUCCCCGGCCGCUGUGGAGGGUCGGGAAGGUUGAGAGAGCUGGGGGUGGAAUGAGCUUCCGAGAAUGCUGAGCAAUGAAAUAGAUGAUGAGGUUCAGAGAGGGACAGAGAGUUGCCCGCAACCACACAGUACGUCCUCAGCUUGACCCCUCCGUCCUGUCUCCUGUCCAUUUCCACCAUGGCUUUCUGGACACAGCUGAUGCUGCUGCUUUGGAAGAAUUUCUUGUAUCGCAGGAGGCAGCCGGUCAUUUUCCCAACAAGCCGCUGCCCUCAGCGGGCACCAUCCCUUGGCUCCAGGGCCUCAUCUGCAACGUGAACAAUACCUGCUUCCCGUGGCAAACUCCUGGCGAAGAGCCUGGCGUCCUCAGCAACUUCAAGGACUCCCUGGUUUCCCGGCUCCUGGCAGAUGCUCGCACUGUCCUGGGGGGCCCCAGUGCCCAUAGGAUGCUGGUUAGCCUGAGAAAGCUGAUACCCAUUCUGAAGGCUGCACACACAGCCCGAGCAACCUUUCCCUGGCCCAGUGAGCAGCCCAAGGAGGGAUUGUCCCUGGCCACUCAGCUUCUGGGAACACUGCUGCAAGGGGAAUCCCUGGGCUCUGUGCUGGGCCACGCCCAGGAGUCCGUGGGCAGCCUUGUGGAGACUGCAGAGGACAUGGCCCAGGAGCUCCUGGAGCUUCCCAGCCUGGGAGAGCUGUGGGCCCUGCUACAGAGACCCCAUGGGCCAGGUGGUCCCCUGGAGGCGGUGGCAGAAGCCCUCUGCAGUGCCAGGGGGCCCAGGAAACCAGGCGGGCCCUCCCUCAACUGGUAUGAGGCCAAUGACCUGAAGGAGCUGGUGGGGCAGGAGCCAGUGCAGACCCUGUGGGACAACAGCCUGAGCCCCACCUGCACUGAGCUGAUGGGGGCCCUGGACACCCACCCCCUGUCCCGCCUGCUCUGGAGGCGCCUGAAGCCGCUGGUCCUGGGGAAAGUACUGUUCACGCCUGACACACCCUUCACCCGGCAGAUCAUGGCCCAGGUCAACCGAACUUUCCAGGAGCUGGCGCUGUUGAAGGACAUCCAGGAGGUGUGGGGGCUGUUGGGACCCCAGCUCUUCAACUUCCUGAACGAUAGUGCCAAUGUCGCCAUGCUACAGAGACUCCUGCAGAUCCAGGACAAGGGAAGGAGGCAGCCAAGACCCGGAGGUGGGGCCAGAGUGGAAGCUUUUCGUGCCUUUCUGAAUCCCCGCAGCGGUGGCUACAACUGGCAGAAAGCCCACGCUGAUGUGGGACACCUGGCAGUCACACUGGGCCGUGUGAUGGAGUGCAUGACUCUAGACAAGCUGGAGGCCGCCCCUUCAGAGGCCGCCCUGGUGGAGCGGGCCCUGAAGCUGCUCUCCGAGCACCGUUUCUGGGCUGGCAUCGUCUUCCUGGGGCCCGAGGACUCCCCGGACCUCGCGCAGUCCCCAGGCCAUGGCCACGUGCGCAUCAAGAUCCGCAUGGAUAUCGAUGAUGUCGCAAGAACCGAUAAGAUCAAGGAUAGGUUUUGGGACCCCGGUCCGGCCGCUGAUCCCCUGACGGACCUGCGCUACGUGUGGGGUGGCUUCGUGUACCUGCAAGACCUGCUGGAGCGCGCAGCCGUGCGCGUACUCACAGGCACCACCCCCCAUGCCGGCCUCUACCUACAGCAGAUGCCCUACCCCUGCUACGUGGACGAUGCGUUCCUGCGCGUGCUGAGCCGGUCACUGCCACUUUUCCUGACACUGGCUUGGAUCUACUCUGUGGCGUUGACGGUAAAGGCCGUGGUGCGUGAGAAGGAAACUCGGCUGCGCUACACGAUGCGCGCCAUGGGGCUCAGCGCCACUGCGCUCUGGCUGGGCUGGUUCCUCAGCUGCCUCGGGCCCUUCCUCCUCAGCACCGCGCUGCUUGUGCUGGUGCUCAAGUUCGGGGACAUCCUCCCCUACAGCCACCCGGGGGUGCUGUUCCUGUUCUUGGCGGCUUUCGCUGUGGCCACGGUGGUCCAGAGUUUCUUGCUGAGCGCCUUUUUCUCCCGCGCGAACUUGGCAGCCGCCUGCGGGGGUCUUGCCUACUUCGUACUCUAUCUGCCCUACGUCCUGUGCGUGGCCUGGAGGGACCAGCUGCCUAUGGGCGGCCGCGUGGCCGCGAGCCUUCUGUCGCCGGUGGCCUUCGGUUUUGGCUGUGAGAGCCUGGCGCUGCUGGAGGAGCAGGGCGAGGGCGCACAGUGGCACAACUUGGGCACUGGGCCUACAGCAGAUGUCUUCAGCUUGGCCCAGGUCUCGGGCCUUCUGUUGCUCGAUGCUACUCUCUAUGGCCUUGCCAUUUGGUACCUGGAGGCGGUGUGCCCAGGCGAGUACGGGAUCCCCGAACCGUGGAACUUUCCCUUUCGGAGGAGCUACUGGUUUGGGUCUCAGACCCCCAAGUGUCCUUCCCCAGUUCUGACGGCGCAGGACCCCAAGGUGCUGGUGGAGGAGGCGCCCCCCGGCCUUAUUCCGGGGGUCUCCAUACGUGGCCUGGAAAAGCGCUUUCCUGGCAGCUCGCAGCCGGCGCUGUGCGGACUCAGCCUGGACUUCUACCAGGGCCACAUUACCGCCUUCCUGGGCCACAAUGGGGCUGGUAAAACGACCACAAUGUCCAUCCUGAGUGGCCUCUUUCCACCCACGGCUGGUUCCGCCUCUGUCCUGGGCCACGACGUCCGGACCAGCAUGGCAGCCAUCCGGCCCUGCCUGGGUGUCUGCCCACAGUACAACGUGCUCUUUGACCUGCUGACUGUGGAUGAGCACGUCUGGUUCUAUGGGCGGUUGAAGGGUCUGAGCGCAGCUGCUGUGGGUCCCGAGCAGGACCGGCUGCUGCAGGACAUGGGGCUGAUCCCCAAAAGACAUGCACAGACUCAUCACCUGUCAGGCGGGAUGCAGCGGAAGCUCUCGGUGGCCAUUGCCUUUGUGGGUGGCUCCCAAGUUGUUAUCCUGGAUGAGCCCACAGCUGGUGUGGACCCCACUUCCCGUCGAGGCAUCUGGGAGCUGCUGCUCAAAUAUCGUGAAGGUCGCACACUGAUCCUCUCCACCCACCACCUGGAUGAGGCGGAGCUGUUGGGAGACAGGGUGGCGGUAAUGGCAGGGGGCCGCCUGUGCUGCUGUGGCUCUCCUCUUUUCCUGCGACGUCACUUGGGCUCCGGAUACUACCUGACAUUGGCCAAGGGCCCCCCGCCUCUGGCAACCAGCAAAAAGGGUGAAAUUGGCUUGAAGAACAGCAUGGAUGCUGGGCAGAAAAGGGAGCCAGGCAGCCAGGCCAGCUCUGCCGGUGCAGCCCAGCUGUGGGCCAUGGUGCAGCACCACGUGCCCGGCGCACAGUUGGUCAAGGAUCUGCCACAUGAGCUGGUGCUGGCGCUGCCCUACACGGGUGCUCUGGAUGGCAGCUUCGCUGAGCUCUUCCAUGAUCUGGACCAGCGGCUGGGGGAGCUGGGGCUGGCUGGCUAUGGGAUCUCCGACACCAGCCUGGAGGAGAUCUUCUUGAAGGUGAUGGAGGAUUGUGCUGUGGACGCAGGCCCAGAGGAUGGUAGGCCCAGGCAGGGCCGAUGGUUGGGUAUUGCUCAUCCCGACGUGACUAGGCAGCUCCCGGUUCUGCCAGAGGAGAUAGCCCUGGAGAAUGGGGGACUGGUUGGCUCUGUCCCUGAGACACAGGCACUACAGGGCUCUGGGCCGGCCACCGCAGGCCGUGUACACAGCUGGGCGCUCACCUGCCAGCAGCUCCGGGCCUUACUUCUCAAGCGUUUCCUGCUUGCCCGUCGCAGCCGCCGUGGCCUGUUUGCUCAGAUUGUGCUACCUGCCCUCUUCGUGGGCCUGGCGCUGGUGUUCAGCCUCAUUGCACCCCCGUUUGGUUACUACCCGGCUCUGCAGCUGAGCCCCAGCAUGUAUGGCUCCCAGGUGUCCUUCUUCAGUGAUGACACUCCAGGGGACCCUGAACAUGCUCGCCUACUCGAGGCCCUGCUGGAGGAGGCCGGACUGGAGGAGCCUUACCUGAAAAGUAACUCCAGCAGGGCACCAGCGUGCGCACGGCCUGCCCUCUGCCACUUCUCGGUGCCUGAUGUCCCUGCGGACGUGGCUGAGGUCUUGGCCAGUGGCAACUGGACCCCAGAGUCUCCAUCCCCCGCCUGCCAGUGCAGCCGGCCUGGUGCCCGCCGCCUGCUGCCUGACUGCCCUGCCACGGCCAGUGGCCCCCCGCCACCCCAGGCGCCAACCAGCUCUGGUGAAGUGGUCCAGAACUUAACGGGCCGAAACCUGUCUGACUUCCUGGUCAAGACCUACCCACGCCUGGUGCGCCAAGGCCUGAAGACCAAGAAAUGGGUGAACGAGGUCAGGUAUGGGGGCUUCUCCCUGGGGGGCCGAGACCCAGGCCUUCCCUCGGGCUUGGAGGUGGGCCGCUCUGUGGAGGAGCUGCGGGCACUGCUGAACCCCACACCAGGCAAGGCGCUUGACCACCUCCUGAACAACCUCACAGCAUGGGCUGUUGAUCUGGACACUCAGGAUGGCCUCAAGAUCUGGUUUAACAACAAGGGCUGGCACGCCAUGGUGGCCUUUGUAAACCGAGCCAACAACGCUCUCCUACGUGCCCACCUGCCACCAGGCCCCUCCCACCACACCCACAGCAUCACCACGCUCAAUCACCCGCUGAACCUCACCAAGGAGCAGUUGUCUGAGGCUGUGCUGAUGGCCUCCUCGGUGGACGUGCUUGUCUCCAUCUGCGUGGUCUUCGCCAUGUCCUUUGUCCCGGCCAGCUUCAUCCUUGUCCUCAUUGACGAGCGUGUCACCCGAGCCAAACACCUGCAGUGCAUGGGGGGCCUGCCCCCCACUCUCUACUGGCUUGGCAACUUUCUCUGGGACAUGUGUAACUACUUGGUGUCAGCGUGCAUCGUGGUGCUCAUCUUUUUGGCCUUCCAGCAGAGGGCGUAUGUGGCCCCUGCCAACCUGCCUGCCCUCCUGCUGUUGCUACUACUGUAUGGCUGGUCCAUCACGCCGCUCAUGUACCCAUCCUCCUUCUUCUUCUCUGUGCCCAGCACAGCCUAUGUUGUGCUCACCUGCAUCAAUCUCUUCAUUGGUAUCAAUGGCAGCAUGGCCACCUUCGUGCUCGAGCUCUUCUCUGAUCAGAAGUUGCAGAAGGUGAGCCGGAUCCUGAAACAGGUCUUCCUUAUCUUUCCUCACUUCUGCUUGGGCCGGGGCCUCAUCGAUAUGGUGCGGAACCAGGCCAUGGCUGAUGCCUUUGAGCGCUUGGGAGAGGGGCAUUUCCAGUCGCCCCUGCGUUGGGAGGUGGUCGGCAAGAACCUCUUGGCCAUGUUCAUACAGGGGCCAGUCUUCCUCCUCUUUACAUUGCUGCUUCAGCACCACAACCGCCUCCUACCACAACCCAAGCUGAGGCCGUUACCUGCCCUGGGAGAGGAGGAUGAGGAUGUGGCCCAUGAGCGGGAACGGGUAGUACAAGGGGCCACCCAGGGGGAUGUGUUGGUACUGAGGGACCUGACCAAGGUGGGUGUGGGUUGGGGGGCCUCCACUGCUGGGUUGGGGAGCCUCCACUGGCCCACCCACCUUUCUCAUAGACUUCCAUCCUCUCAGGUGUACCCUGGGCAGAGGACACCAGCGGUUGACCGCCUGUGCCUGGGGAUCCCCCCUGGUGAGUGUUUUGGGCUGCUGGGCGUGAACGGAGCAGGGAAAACAUCCACAUUCCGCAUGGUGACUGGGGACAUGCUGCCCAGUGGGGGCGAGGCCAUUCUGGAAGGCCACAGCGUGGCCCAGGAACCGGCCGCAGCUCACCGCCGCAUGGGCUACUGCCCUCAGUCGGAUGCCAUCUUCGAGCUGCUGACUGGUCGUGAGCACCUGGAGCUGUAUGCACGCCUGCGAGGAGUCCCCGAAGCCCAAGUUGCCCAGACAGCAAGCUACGGCCUGGCACGCCUGGGCCUCCCUCAGUAUGCUGACCAGCCCGCGGGCACCUACAGUGGUGGCAACAAGCGGAAGCUGGCAACAGCCGUGGCUCUGGUGGGGGACCCGGCUUUAGUCUUUCUGGACGAGCCGACCACUGGCAUGGACCCUGCUGCCCGGCGGUUCCUCUGGAACAGUCUUCUGGCAGUGGUGCGGGAGGGCCGCUCCGUGGUACUCACCUCACACAGCAUGGAGGAGUGCGAGGCGCUCUGCACGCGCCUGGCCAUCAUGGUGAAUGGGCGGUUCCGCUGCCUGGGCAGUGCACAGCACCUCAAGGGCAGAUUCGGAGGUGGCCAUACACUGACCCUGAGGGUGCCCUUGUCGAGAUCCAAGUCGGCGGCCGACUUUGUGGCCCAGGCGUUGCCGGGAGCUGAGCUGAGGGAGGCACAUGGUGGCCGCCUGCGCUUCCAGCUGCUGCCAGGAGGGCGCUGCACCUUGGCGCUCGUCUUUGGAUUGCUGGCGGCAUGUGGCGCAGAGCAUGGCGUGGAGGACUUCUCUGUGAGCCAGACCACGCUGGAGGAGGUAUUCUUAUACUUCUCCAAGGAUCAGGGCAAAGAGGAAGAUGAGAAGGAGACAGAAGUGGGGGCUGACCCUGUGCCAGGCCCGCAGCACCCCAAACUCAUAACCCAGUUCCUCGAUGACCACAGCAUGGCUGAGACGGUCCUCUGAGCCUCCUCUUCUGUGGAGCUGGGGGGACCAAAGUAGGGCAGAGAGGCUGAAGCCUGACCCAGACUCCAGAGGCCCUGGAGGAAAUAAAGGGAAGCUGUGGUGUGAAGCACCGUG